AUGAAGAUAAGGUCCAAGAUAGGAGUGCUGCAAGGAAGCACUCUCUGGGGAAAAAUCCUGAUCCUGAGGAUGGGGAAAAGAAGGAGAGGGAAGAAUCAAUUUUCACCUAGGGCACAAAGACGCACUUAUGAUGGAGAGCAUAAAGAUUUGCCUGCACAUUCUCUAAAGAACAGUUCUAGAAGAUCACAUUCUGAUGCCGAUAAAGGUAGAGGAGCAACUAAUCGUUCAAGAAGUCACCAUCAUCGACAUGGUGGGUCUAUAACCGGACUUGGUGGCUAUUCACCAAGGAAGAGGAAAACCGAGGCUGCUGUCAGGACUCCUUCUCCAUCGAAGCAUUCUUUGGAGAAGAAAAGAGCUGGAUGGGAUCUUCCCCCUCAGGGGACUGAGAAAUCUUCAGCCUUUAAAGUGUCAAAUGUUACAAUAUCAUCAGCCAUACAUAAUGUGUCUGCUGCAACUUCAGUGGAUCCAGUCACUGUGAAGCCUUCUGUGUCUCAUCUGAAUGAUUCAUCAACAGGGAAGAACACUGACAUUGAUUCUGUCCAACUGACACAGGCUACCCGGCCUAUGAGAAGGCUUUAUCUAGAGAAUCUACCUGACUCUGCUUCUGAGAAAGCUGUGAUGGAGUCUCUCAAUAACCUGUUGCUCUCUGCAGGAGUAAACCUUAUCCAAGGAGCCCAGCCAUGUAUUAGCUGCAUUUUGCACAAAGAUAAGGGCCAAGCACUUGUGGAAUUUAUUACAGCUGAGGAUGCUUCAGCAGCUCUUUCUUUUGAUGGAAGUACAAUUUUUGGUUCUACUGUCAAAAUUAGACGCCCCAAAGACUUUGUUGAAGUUGCU